AGCUUCUUUUUCAUUUUGGUGUUCAUCACUCUUUCUGGUGUGAAGCUCAAUUCCUUUGGCAGUCAUUUUUUUCACCACUAUUCAUUGGAAGAGAAAUUAAAGAUUUUUUUGUUAAGUGUAUCAAACUCGAAAACAACUCCGACUUAAUUUUGCUUUUCCUUUGAGUUAAAUUUGAAUUUUCAUUUUUAUCUUGUGGGUAUAUUGACAAAUCGUGGACAUGCAUGCACCUAUAGUUUGGGGGUUUUGAAAUUCCCAAUUUGAAUAUGAGCUAUAAUGUCUCUGUAAUUUGAUAAAUUUUUGUUUCCAUCUAUUAGGACUGAUCUAUUUUUGGGGUGUGUUUUAUAUUCAACCUCUUGUUCUUGAUUAUUUUUCUUGCCUCUUCUAUGAGAAGAUUAGUUGGGUUACUACAAGAAUGAGUGACAUGGGCUUACCAUAUAAGUGUCGCCCUUCUCAGUCUUAGGUGCAAUUUGGUGAAUGUUUGUGUUGAAUUUUAAAAUCUGAGUAGAUGCUAUAUUGCAAAUCACUGAUGAGAAAACUCAAGUUAUAACCGCUGGACCAGAAAAGUUGUUUGUGAGCAAACAUUGUUUAUGUAAUAUACUUAGAAGUGGUAAAAAUCAAGAGAUGUCAUGACAUUGCUAUAUCAUGGGGCCACUAAACUGACAAAAAAGCUUAACCAGUUGAUGUUCGUAGAUGACGAUAAUUAGCAUGCCAUAAGUGAAGAAUCAGAUGACACCGAAAGGCCAAAUAUGUUGUUAAUUGGAACAACAAUGAAUAAUCAGUAGUGAUAAUUUGUGCAAGAGUAACCAAAAAUUUUAUUUUGUAUGAUCAUCCAUAUUUUGGGAGAUGUGCAACUUGUUGAAUUCCGUAGCAACGGCGGUAUUAUCCAUAUUUUGGGAGAUGUGCAACAUGUUGAUUUUCAUAGCAAUGUCUAUAUUGAAUUACCAGAAACUUACGAGUUGAUGUCAAAAACAAGCAAGUUAAGGCAAAGCCGGUUAUCUUCCACGGGAAGAGAAGUUUGCAAUACUAUGAGAUCUCGUCAAAGAGUAACUACAACUUUGAGAAGCCUUUUCUGUACCUUGAUUGAAAGCUUGUUGGGGAUGGUAAUCUUGACUUUGUGUAAACACCUGCACUUGCACCCCCAGAAGUACAAAUUGACUUGGUUGUACAAGCACAGAGUUGCUAGCAUGAUGAGUCACAUGUCUACUGGUGGUGGUGCCAUUUUGGAGCUUGCUACCUGGUGUCAUAGCUUUAGACGAAGCAGACGCCCCUGUUGCUGUGUAAAAUAAUUUGUAGUAAACUCUUUUUCCCUAUAUCAAUGGUGAUUUCUAGUUGGUAAACAUUGAGUUGACGUUGUAGAUUUUUCAGGUGAUACUUGCAAUAUAUGGUCCUCUUUUUCUUCCCAUCUGUGUUGUUUGUCUAAAUAAAGGGUGAGUGUAUCAGUUAUAGACAGCUACAGCUUUCACGUCUUUCAACAAAUUUAGUUCAUUUUGGAGCAACUUCUAUAGACGUAAGGACACUGUUAUUUGAACAAACUAACAUUGUCUUAGUAAUAUUCAGUUUUGCACUAAAUUACAUCUCCUGGAUCAUGACAUAUCUAUUGUGGAAGGAUGUGUUAUACCAUAUUAUACGUGGUGAUCUAUGUAAAAGUGAGAUUAGUUUGUGAAUUGAUGCACAUAUCUAAAUUACUAUGAUAAUGCAUAUACCUAGCGGUCAUUUUAAUGUUGGCAUUUGAACAUCAAUUUUCAACUGAAGGACACGAGAAAUUUGUGAUGAAAAAUUAAAGUGAGCAUCUUUGCACAGAAAAGGUAAAUAUCAUGGCUUUCAUCCAGUCCGGUCUAAGGGACUUAUCAUGUGACAAGUUUUAACUUGUGAUUUACGUUACUGGUGGAACUCUCUCAUAUUCCUGAAUGAGAGUUGGAGCAUAACAUUUUUAGAAGGAAGUUGGAGAUGUACAACUUUCAAUGAUUAAAGUGUAACUGAAUUGGAAUUAAGAUAGUUAAUAACAUUAAAACCUUAUGUAUUCUUUCUUAAUGCUAAAUUUUUUAACUUUUGGUGUUUGUAGAGUUGUUCCAUUAUUAAUCAAUCUGUAUCCAGACUGCAAGAACUAUUCAGUGCAAUCUGAUUUCUCUGGUCUAUACUUUAAAUCUUUGAAACGUAAAGAAUACAAUUAAUGAUAAAAGGAGUCAUCAGCCUUUUCAUUUGAUCGCUCUUUUACGG